CAGAGACGAGAUGUCGUCUUUUUCCGAUGCCAACUUUGCCAAGAAGCUCGUCGAACUAAACAACACUCAGCAGAGCAUCCAGACCCUGUCUCUGUGGUUAAUACACCACCGAAAACAUUCUAAAUCUAUCGUACAGGUGUGGCAGAGAGAACUUCAGAAAGCUAAACCUGCAAAGAGGUUGAUAUUUAUCUACCUGGCAAAUGAUGUCAUCCAAAACAGUAAGAAGAAAGGUCCAGAGUUGUCCAGAGAUUUUGCAACAGUUUUGUCCGAUGCAAUUAAGUGCACAGGAAAGAAUUCUGAUGACAAGAUGAAGGAGAGGGUUGGCCGGGUUUUGGGGAUAUGGUUGGAACGCGGCGUGUAUGAUAAAGAGUUUGUUCGAGGACUCAAACGACAUUUAGAAUCACCCAUUCCGGAGCCUGUGCCACCGAAGAAGAAGAAACAAGACCAGUUCAUGACUCUCAGACAGGAAGUAGAUGCAAUGGAUGGUGUUUUUGACCCUCCACAUGCAGAAGAGCUGGUAAAACGCUUGUGUGAUCUGGAAACGUCAGCUUCGAGUGAUGCAGCAGUACGAGAAAAGAUUGCAGCUCUACCGCCAGAAGUGUCCGAUAUAUCUCACCUUGAAAAAAUAUCAGACAAGGAGUCGGGUGUAAAACUAGUCAAGCAGGUGGACAAUGCGUGUCAGUUGUUGACGGACUACAACCAGCGGCUGACGGAUGAACUCGAGGAGAGGAAGAAGGUGGCCAAAAUGUUGCGGGAGUUCAUCAAACAGCAGAAGGGAGAGCUGCAGAAGUCUGAGAGCAGGCUCCAUGAGUACCAGUCUAAACUAUCGAAAGUGUCAGCUGUUCGGAACGAGCUGAAGUCGCAUUUACAGAAUCUACCUGAUCUCACCUUACUGCCGGACGUCACCGGCGGAUUAGCUCCCCUUCCAUCAGCAGGCGAUUUGUUUAGUUUGUAACACUGGCAUCUGAUCAGAGAAUAACGGUAGUAGUGUUUGUCACAAUUAUUGUGCAUAUUUCUGCGGGCAUUCUCCUUCGUCUCUGGUCAGCGGAUGUGAAUUGAACAAGACAUUAAUUGUAUUAGGUUUAUUACCAUUUUGAUACAUCCAAUCAGAUUUCUGGUUUGAAAUCAUCAAGGUGUCAUAUGGUUUGUAACCAUUAUAAUAAUUCAAGCAGAUUUCUGUUUUGAAUUCAGGAGGAAAAAGGCAUUAAUUUUAUCAGGUUUAUAAUCAUUUUGAUACAUUCAAACAGAUAUGUGUUGUGAAUUCAACAAUAUGUGAAUUUUAUUAGGUUUAUAACCAUUUCGAUACAUCAGAUUUCUGUUGUAAAUUCAACAAUAUGUGAAUUUUAUUAGGUUUAUAGCCAUUUUUGCUACAUCCAAUCAGAUUUCUGUUUUGAAUUCAACAGUAUGAGAAUUUUAAUUGGUUUAUAACUAUUUAAAUACAUCCAAUAAGAUUUCUGUUGUGAAUUUCAUAAUAUGCGAAUUUCAUAACAGUAGGGUUAUAACCCUUUUGAUAGAACCAAUUACAGUUCUGUUUUGCAACACAUGGCUUGUGCUGAAGUAAUUAUAUAGUGAGGAACAAAUUUACUGUUCGUCAUAAUGAAAUGGAAUUGUGUCGUCAAGGAAUAUUUGGUCUUCUUGCAGAGAACAGUAUCUCCACAGUUGCAGGGAUCACACUGGGAGUAAUUUUGUUUGAGCCAAUUUUCAGAUAUGUAGAAUAUUUCUUGGAAAAAUACUACAAAGUAACUAAUUUAAACAAAAUUUGAUUAGCCAAAUACUACAUGUUGUAGCCACUUUGUAUAAAAAUGAGCAAUUGCCAGAUGGUGGGGGGGGGGGGGUUAACAGUGUUAAUAACAUCAUUUCAUAUUGGGUUAUUUUCAUGCUGGGGUGUUGUUAAACGUUCAUUCAUUCACAUUGAGUUGUGCACUAGUGUCAAGUGUAUUUGUAAUAUUUAAUAAUUUAGUAGCGAUCAUCCAGUUGAGUUUUAUUCUGAUAUGUUGUGUGUUUUCUAAGUUAAAGAUACAGUCCACCUCACUGUAUUAUACUAGUAACCAUCAUUUACUAAUGCAAAAUACAAACAACUAUUGUUCAGAGCUGCCAACUGCUAUGCUUUGGGCGUAGUUUGCUACGCUUAGUCGACGUUUGCUACGCUCAUGCCCAAAUUGCUACGCUCAGUUGAAAACAAAUCCAGUAUGAUACGCUAAUGAAAACCAGUAAUAACCUUUGCAACAGAUAAACAUAACUGGUUGAUUAGUGUAUUUGGCCAAAGUUUCUACUAACAAAUUAUGUUUUAUUUGGCAAGCAUUUAUAUGUUAUCUUUAUCACAAAUUAUAGGUCUACAGAGUACAGUUGAACUUGAAAAGCGGGCGAUUUCUGGCAGUUAUACUAAAAAUUGGACGUAAUCUUGGAAUACAGUAACUAAAAACUGAAUUCCUCAUUUCUGUGGCUUUUUUUUAAAUUUUUAUUCGUACAUAUAAAAGUAUAAUUUGCGAAUUAAGAACCAUUGUAAAACAGUUAUAGUAAGAUACAUUCAAUAACAGACAUGUAGUUUUACUGUAGUCCGACCCCAGUGUAGCGUACUAUAAAACCUUCAAAGAACUGUUCUUUAUUUAUGUUACGCUUGCAUACAAUGAAUAUAGAAAAUUGCGUUUGAAUGUAUGCCAGUUAGGAAUAGAGUAAUUUUAAUUUUAACUUGAAAUAAGAAUAUAAGCAUUCAAAUUUAGUAUUGAUCACAUCAUUGCAUAACAGUUAAUUUUGGGUUUAUUACAUUUUGAUGCCAUUUUAAAAACAAGAUUUUAGUCAUUCAUAAUCCUAUUUAAAUCGCCCGUUACAUUUCGGGUAUUUCUGUAUCCCUUAACCGACGACAAGUGUUAUCUAUGCUAAAAAUAGCAUGACCCAGUCGUUUGCAGUUACUAUGACAUAGUUAUUUGGUUUUUCCUUUGCUGUUGUUUACGACAUUCGGCCAUGCUACGCUCAAAUAUCAUUUGUUACGCUCAGCUUGUCAUGAAUGCUACUCUCACUUGUGGCUAGGGGUUGGCAGCUCCGAUUGUUUAGUAAACUUAUGUGUUAUUGCUAUUAGUGGUUAACAUCAGCUGCCUUCAUACAUUAUACAAGUCUGUGUACACAUUUUGUUUUAAAGUUACAGACUCACCUCGUGAAAAUGAACAGUAAGUUUGGUUACAAACCUGUAAUACAUUUGGAUAUAAAGUUACAAAAGAGAAAACAAAAGUCUGUGACGUUGAAAUAGUGAAAUACCCUUUAAAAUAGACUAGAACUUGUUUCCAUAACUGUUUACUUCUCAGAGGUAUGUGUGAUUUAUAAAAUAUGGAAAACACAUUUUGUGGUAUUAGAAAUACUAGGAUGGCCAGAAACACUAUUGUCAUCAGGUUUGCUGUCUUUGUAAAAAUUAUCUGUCUCUGUUAGUCCUUUCUAGCUGCUGACAGUCAGCUUGACAGAUUUUGUGGAUUCUCCAUAUUUAUAAUCAGGCUUUCUGACAAAUUUUGGGUAUGUAAUAAAAAUAAAAUAGAUCAUAAGCGCCCUUACUAGAUGUUUUUGGGUUUGAAAUUGGACACUGCCUUUCAUGUACUUUGACAUAUGUUAAACAGCAGUUCUCUGACUAUAAUCAGUGGUGGGAAUUCUCCUCUGAUCAGCUGUUUUCCUUUCAUGGAACAUUGCGUU